AUGGAAAUACGUCGAGGUCCGUGCGCCAAUGGAAGUGUCCGGGGAUUCUUCCCUUCUUCCUUUCUGGCGUCUGAUACCAAGAACAUCCGGCCUCCCUAUGAGAUGGAAGAGGACGGACCAUACGUGAUCCCAGAACAACAACCAGUCCCUGCGAAUGGUGAGUCAUUCAAUGGAUUCGAGAACGAAGACUUGGGUGGUGGGUGGGGGAAGACAGCUGCAUCGGAGGAUACCACGUCGGGUAGGAGUGGUAGGGGAGGAGGAGAGGGUGAUGAGUUCGGAUGCCCAGGAUUGUGGUUUGCGCAGCAGAUGAGGAUGAAGGCGGGUGUGGCGCUGGAGCCAUCGACUCGUCUGACAGAUCAUAGAGCGGAUGCAGAUGACGAGGUUGCGGGUGGGCUGCGGAUGACUUGGAUAUGGCUGUCGUACUUCGCCUAUGCUAUUGAGGUAGGGGUGUUCAAACGUUCACCCGCCUUCCAGUUGUACGACAGCAUUUUGGAGGGGUCGUCGUUCAGAGUUAGGUCGUCGGCGUUGAGGAGAUGGACGAGCGCUAACCUAUCCAAGAUACUCGCUUCGGAUUUAGGUUCUGCAUUGAGCUUGGCCCUGGUGAACAACGCACUUCUCGGGGUCCACUUUGGUCACUGGAGCCGGGAGCCUUGGAGAGUUUCGGAUACAGGGGAUCUGGUGAAGGUGGUCUCAGGGAGAGGAGAGCCAGCAGGAGGCGGAUCGGUAGGCGUGGCAUGUGUGGUGCUCGAAAUCGGCUUCAUCGCAGGAAUUAGGUUAGUCGCUGGAGAGGAUGUCGACUUUGAGAGUGUUUGUCCAUACGAUAUGGAGUCCUCCCACGUAAUCAAACUGCGCAUCAACCUCAUCACUAUCGACCCUUCCUAA